AUGGCGUCCCGUACAUUCCAACCAAACAAAGAGAUUCCCGACCUGUCCGGCAAGGUCAUCUUCAUCACGGGAGGUACCGCUGGACUCGGCGCAGGCUCCAUCGCCGAACUUGCCAAACAUGACCCCGCACAUAUCAUCUUCAGUGGACGAAACGAACGCAGUGCCGAUGCGCUCAAGACCAAGGUCGCCAAAACGUCGCCAAAUGUCAAGCUUAGCUUCCUCAAAUGCGACAUCUCUUCACUGUCUUCCGUGCAAGCCUGCGCAAACGAGCUGAAAGCGGCCACGGAUCGACUCGACAUUCUCAUGCUCAACGCAGGCAUCAUGGCCGUCGACGCCGCCACAUCCCCCGACGGCUACGAGAUCCAAUGGGCCACCAACCAAAUGGGCCACUCCCUCCUCGUCAAGCUCUUGUUGCCCCUCCUCCAACAAACAGCUCAGCUCCCCGGCGCGGACGUGCGCGUCGUCAACAUGACGUCGAUAGCAUACAAACAGGCUCCCAAACAAGGCAUGGACUUCAACACGCUGCGAUCCAAGCAAGAAAACCUCGGCAGCAUGAUGGUCCCCGGCCGAUGGGAGCGUUACGGGCAAAGCAAGCUCGCGCAACUGCUCUACACCGAGCAGCUCGCCGAGCGAUACCCGGAAGUUACGUUCGUCUCGGUGCACCCCGGUUACAUCAUGACCGGGCUGUUCGGGAAUGUGUCGUUGAUGACGAAAUUGCCGGCGCUUGUCAUGAGCGUGGGCAAGAGGACGCCGGUGGAGCAGGGCCAUUUCAAUCAGUGCUGGGCGGCGACGUGUGAUAAGAAGCUAUUGAAGAAUGGAGAGUAUUAUGAGCCGAUUGGGGAGAAGGGCCCGCGGGCGACGAGGCAGUCGAAGGAUCGAAAGCUGGGGGAGCGUUUGUGGCAGUGGACGCAGACGGAGUUGGAAGCAUACCAAUGA